AUGGCCAGAAGCUUACGGAGUAAGUGGAAAAGGAAAAUGCGUGCUGAAAAGAGAGAAAAGCAUGCCCCAAAGGAGCUCCACAGACUUCAAAACAUUCUCAAAGUAGACGGUGAUGCUGUAAUGAAAGACGUUCAAGAGAUAGCAACUGUUGUAGGGCCCAGAUGUUGCCAAGAGAAAACGCAGUGUGAGCUGAAAGAAGAACAAGGUGAAGGUGACAUGACAAUGGAGACUGACAUUAAGAGGGAUAAGAAGAGCCUUCUAGACCAGCACGGACAGUGCCCAGUGUGGAUGAACCCGAGGCAGAGAAAAAAGCUGAAGGCAAAGCGAGAAAAGAGGAAGGGGAAAAACAAAGCCAAAGCGGCGAAGGCAUUGAGAGGCUUAGCCUAG